GGUUGGGGGGAUGGGAUAAAUCCCAGUCUGCAGCUGCUGAUUAUUUUGCAUGGAUGGGUGUAGAGAAAAGGGUGUUGUAAUUCAAACAGGCUUCUCGUUCUGGAUCAAAAGGCGUCAGUUAAGUAACUAACGGAACCGGGUGCACAUCGUGAAGGCAAGGCGACUGAAAAGUACGGACAUGAGCCAAGGUAUAAAUGUGCCAUGUGCCUCCGGGGUUGGUGGUGCAGGGAAUCAGAUCAACUCCCUGGAGAGAGAAACAGGUACGGAAACCAGGAAUAAGGAGCAGAAAACGGGACAAAAUCCCGAUUCAACUGAGAGCAGACAGACACCGGUGCCGGCGAACACCCAGGGAAGAGCAGCCGAGCCGAACGAAAGCCAAACCUCAGGAGACGAGAGUGAAAGUAACACGACCCAACAGCUCGGAAUGAUAACCGAGGAGAGAGAAAAUGAGGCACAGGAUGUGGAGAGGAAAGGAGAGCAAGAGGGAGCGGACCAGGAGCUCGACGUGUCCGCAGAGAGUCCGCCCGGCCUUGGACUCCGGGGCGACACCAGGGCCGGCCUCGGCCCCAGGGACACACAUCCCGAUGACCCUGGAACGACCGGGCUCUUGCCGAAUGGAGUCAACGGUGACUUCAAAGCUGAGGAGGACGUCGAUGGGGGAGCAGGCAGCGCCGGGCAAACCAGGAACGAGGCCGGAGAGGAGGGAGGAGAAAGGCUGACCACCAGAGAGGUGUUGAGCGAAGCUGGGGUAACGGAGAAGGAACAAGUCAAGGUGAGGGAUGCCCGGGAUGGAUUCAGCUCCACGUUUGAGAGGAUCGUGGAGUCCGAUAUGAUGAAAGGAACAUCCUACAGCAGCCUGGAUUCUUUGGACGUGCUGUCGCUGACUGACGAGACAGACAGCUGUGUUAGCUUCGAAGCCCCGCUCACGCCAUUGAUCCAGCAAAGGAUAAAGGAGACUCCUGAGCUGCUCCAGGAGAAACUGGUCCAGGAGCUUUCGGAAGUUGCCAACAGCUAUGAGCAGCAGCAGGGUCUGACCUGCACCAACGACCCGUCUCUCCAAAGCCCGUUGAGACACUCGCUGACCAGCAGCAGGUCAGAGAACGUGCUGAGUCGCUCUUCCCUAAAGUCAUUGCCGAACGGUUUGAGCAGAGAAAGGGACAGCCCAGAGGAAGACGCCAACAAGAUAGUUAACUCUAUCAGCGAUGACAACCUCAGGGACGUCCUAUCGGAUUCCGACUCGGAGAUGGGCAGCACGGAGCAGCUGGAGCAAGGCAGCACCGACACACUGGCUAACGGUUGCAAGGCAGACGUGGACGCAGCAAAACGGCUCGCCAAGCGCCUGUACCAUCUGGAGGGGUUUAAGAGAUGCGAUGUCGCGAGGCAUCUUGGGAAAAACAAUGAUUUCAGCAAACUCGUGGCUGAAGAGUAUCUUAGUUUCUUUGACUUCACGGAUUUGGCUUUGGAUAAAGGACUUAGGACAUUUUUGAAAGCUUUCCCACUGAUGGGUGAAACUCAAGAGCGUGAGAGAGUUUUGAUCCAUUUCUCAAAGAGAUACUGCCAAUGCAAUCCUGAGUGUAUCACCUCUGAAGACGGAGUCCACACUCUAACUUGUGCACUGAUGCUCCUGAACACAGACCUUCACGGACAUAACAUCGGAAAAAAGAUGUCAUGUCAGCAGUUUAUAUUGAAUCUGGAUGGACUUAAUGACAGGAAGGAGUUCACAAAGGAUUUAUUGAAGGGACUGUACAACUCUAUAAAGAAUGAGAAGCUGGAGUGGGCUAUAGACGGAGACGAGUUACGGAAAUCCCUCUCCGAAUUGGUGGACGACAAGUACGAGAGCGGGGGUAAGAAAGUGACAAGAAUCAUUGAUGGCAACAACCCCUUCCUGGACCUCCCUCAGGCUGUGAACGCCGCCACAUACAAACACGGGGUUCUCAACCGCAAGAUGCAUGCUGACAUGGACGGCAAGAGAACCCCCAGAGGAAGGAGAGGUUGGAAAAAGUUCUACGCUGUGCUGAAAGGAACCAUUCUUUACUUACAAAAGGAUGAGUACAAACGAGACAGAGAUUUGUCGGAGGUGGAUCUGAAGAACGCCAUCCGCAUUCAUCACGCUCUGGCCACUAAGGCCACCGACUACAGUAAGAGAGCCAGCGUGCUCAAGCUGAAGACUGCAGACUGGAGGGUCUUCCUUUUCCAAGCACCAAGUGAAGAGGAAAUGGACUCCUGGAUACUGAGGAUAAAUCUCGUCACCGCUAUCUUCUCCGCACCCUCCUUUCCGGCUGCCAUCGGCUCCCUGAAAAAGUUCAGCCGCCCCCUCCUGCCAUCCUCCACCACCAAACUCUCCCAGGAGGAACAGCUGAGAUCUCACGAGGCCAAAUGGAGACAGAUUUCAACAGAAUUAGCAGAACACAGCGCUCACCCACCCGAGAAAAUCACCAAAUCUAAAGAAAACGAGGAGUACAGACUGAAAGAGCACUAUUUGACAUUUGAGAAGAGUCGAUACGAGACGUACAUUCACCUCCUGGAAGCCAAGAGGAAGGUAGGCACCGAUGAUCUGGAGAAAAUCGAAGUCAAUCUUUUCGGGAGUGAAAACAGUGACAGUUCCUUGAGGAAGACUCAAUCUAGUCCAUCUCUAAACCAAGGACACGGAGCUCUGAAUGGCAAAGUGGACAAGGACAUUGUGCAAGUGCAGCAGAGGAGCUAGAAAUCAGCUGCUCGAGUCACUGAAGCCCACAAACCUAUAUCUUGGAUGAGCCGACAGAUAAAAACUCACACAAUCAUUUUAUAUCACUGGUUUCGGAACAUGAUGUGCUGAGUGAGCAUGGUAUUUUAGAUCAAUUUUUACAUUUUUAAAGGUUUUAGUUCACAGUAUUUGUCAUUUUGGCAGUAAUGUCAACUAAAACCAUUUUUAUUUCAACGUCCUCCCCCGCCCCCAGC